UGCAUUUACACUAUCAAUUGAGGUUUUUCACUUCAUCUUCUAGUAGUAUACAACUAACCUCUUCUCCCACCACUGUUUCUUAUUUGAGAGAGUAUCAAAACAUGGGUUCAGGUUCAGACAACAAUGUUCUUGCUGUAAUAGCCAAAAAUAUUGAUGUUCUUGCUUUGCCUCUAGUCUCUCUUGUUUACCCACUGUAUGCUUCUAUUAGGGCUAUAGAAACAAAGUCCCGUGCAGAUGAUAGGCAAUGGCUAACGUAUUGGGUUCUUUAUUCUUUGAUUACUCUCUUCGAACUUAGUUUCUCUAAGGUCAUUGAGUGGUUUCCAAUAUGGUCUUAUGCAAAGCUAGCUGCAAUAUGCUGGCUAGUUCUACCUUACUUCAAUGGAGCAGCUUAUGUUUAUGAGAAUUUCAUAAGACCGUUUUACAGAAAUCCACAAGUUAAAAUUUGGUAUGUUCCUCUGAAGAAGGACAUUUUCAGUAAGCCAGAUGAUGUCCUAACAGCUGCAGAGAAAUAUAUUGAAGAACAUGGACCACAAGCAUUUGAAAGGCUUUUAGCCAAGCGGGCUGAUAGAGAUGCAAGAAGCAGGAGGAACAACUACAUGACCUUUGAUGAUGAUUAUCGAUAUUGACUUCUCAUUGCUCUGUAAAAUUACUUCUUAAUUCGCUAUGUGUGUUACUUUGAUGAGCUAUGUUUGUGUAAUCCUUGAGUUUCUACUCUAUGUAAGAAUAUUUAAUUUGCUAUUUUACUCUUUCAAUCCUUCUUGAGAGGAGACUUGAGAUCUAUAUUCCUUGUUCAUGAAGGAGAAUUAUGAGGAAUAAGAAUGCCUUUUUUUAGGAUC